AGAAACACCAGCUUUCUUCUGUGGAGGGUGCACAGCCAUAGUCUUGAUUUCCUGGAUCUGGUAACAUGGCAAAAGAUGCCGGUCUAAUUGAAGCCAACGGAGAACUCAAAGUCUUCAUAGACCAGAACUUGAGUCCUGGGAAAGGUGUGGUGUCCCUGGUGGCUGUCCACCCAACCACGGUGAACACACUCGGGAAGCAGCUCCUGCCCAAAACCUUCGGACAGUCCAAUGUCAACAUCACGCAGCAAGUGGUGAUCGGCACACCCCAGCGGCCAGCAGCAUCCAGCACGAUCGUGGUUGGAAGCCCACACACCCCGAGCACGCACUUUGUGUCCCAGAGCCAGCCCUCUGAGUCCUCACCGUGGUCUGCCGGGAAGCGAAACAGGAAGGGCGAGAAGCACGGCAAGGGCCUGCGGCACUUCUCCAUGAAGGUGUGUGAGAAGGUGCAGCGGAAGGGCACCACCUCCUACAACGAGGUGGCCGAUGAGCUGGUCGCAGAGUUCAGUGCUGCCGACAACCACAUCCUGCCAAACGAGUCUGCGUAUGACCAGAAGAACAUACGGCGGCGUGUCUAUGAUGCCUUAAACGUGCUGAUGGCCAUGAACAUCAUCUCCAAGGAGAAGAAGGAGAUCAAGUGGAUCGGCCUGCCCACGAACUCGGCUCAGGAAUGCCAGAACCUCGAGGUGGAGAGGCAGCGGCGGCUGGAAAGGAUCAAGCAGAAGCAGGCCCAGCUCCAGGAGCUCAUCCUGCAGCAAAUCGCCUUCAAGAACUUGGUGCAGAGAAACAGGCAGGCAGAACAGCAGGCCCGGCGGCCACCCCCACCCAACUCCGUCAUCCACCUGCCCUUCAUCAUCGUCAACACCAGCAGGAAGACCGUCAUUGACUGCAGUAUCUCCAAUGACAAAUUUGAGUACCUGUUUAACUUCGACAACACAUUCGAGAUCCAUGAUGACAUUGAGGUGCUGAAGCGGAUGGGCAUGGCCUGCGGCCUGGAGUCCGGCAGCUGCUCUGCUGAGGACCUCAAGAUGGCACGAAGCCUGGUGCCCAAAGCUCUGGAGCCGUACGUGACAGAAAUGGCCCAGGGGUCCAUCGGCAGCGUAUUCCUCACAACAGCAAGCUCAGCGUCCAAUGGCACGAGGCUGUCCGCCAGUGACCUGAGCAACGGAGCGGAGGGGACCCUGGCCACCAGCUCCAAUGGGUCUCAGUACAGUGGCUCUCGGGUGGAGACGCCCGUGUCCUACGUCGGGGAGGACGAUGAGGACGAGGACGACUUCAACGAGAACGACGAGGAUGACUGACGCCUGCGCACCCCCGUCAGCUUCAGGAAUCAUCGUUAGAAAAGAGAAACUUUUCUUAGCGUGGGUUUUUCUCCCUUUCUGGCCUUCCCUGGGAAGGCGCGGUAAGCUGUGGGUUUAGAUGCGCACCUCCGAUAAGCAAGGACUGUUCCGCACACUGUGGAGACGUGUGUGCGCGUGCGUGUCUGGUGCCAGUGUGCUGAUGCAGAGCCUCUAUUUACCUUCGUGUUCUAUUUUUUUCUUUAGUUCAGAGUUUGUUUCUGUCUCAGCAGUGCUUGCUGGAUUUCUGCGGGUGACGUCCUACCCGCGGUGGCCCAAUCUGGGUGCAGUUUGCCGUGUGCUCAGAGGCGCCACCUGCUGGCGGAGAGCGGAGCUCCAGCAUGAGUCUUCCCCGACAAAUCAAACAGGACCCAGAGAGCCAAGCGGAUAACAAAGCUCUGUUUUUAAAAGUAGUUGAGCGCCAUAAAUUUUAUUAUGAUCUUGCUUUUCCUUAAAUUAUGUCGAUGUUGCAAACCCGUCAGACCUGCACACUUUUUCUGUUGCACCAGCUAAUUGUGACAUGCUUGUUUUCCUUUGGUAGAAGGUUACUGCCUCGUGGGAGCAGCCCUGGGAUGUGUGGAAGGGUUAUUGCUUAUGAUAAAAUUUGCCUGAUUUCUUACAGGCCGCGUUUGGAAACUUUUUAUUAUAUAGUUGUUUACAUACUUAUAAGUCUAUCAUUUAAAGACAUGUACCGAAACAAAUGUUGUAUUUGUUUCCUAAGCAUCUUCAUGUAAUCUAUUAUAAAGUUGAAAUUAAACAUAGAGAGUGUUUUAACAGUUUUUUAACUCAAAAUUUGUCAAUCAUUUUUAAUAGUUCUUUUUUUAUAAAAAGAAAGGAAUUUAAGGACAGGCAGUUGUCUCUUUUAAAAUUUACUCACAAAAACCGUUAACUGCACAGUUGCUAUUAGCUGCCUGUUCUGAAACAAUAGUCUUUUUAUUGAAACACAAAUAAACUUUUCUGUAAUAUUUUAUGGAAUAUAAAGAGACUUUAAUUGUUUGACUUUAACUUGGCACUGUUAGUUUUUAUUAAUAAAAGGCGCAUGGGCAUUUUAAACAAGCUCU